AUGGCGAUUCCGUUCUCCAGAUUCGCCCACUCGCCGCCCGCCCGCUGGCGCGGUCGUCUGAAACACGGUCCGCAGCUACUCAUCCCGCUGCUCGUCCUGGACAUCACCAUGAUGGCGCUCGUAGCCGCCUCCAUGGUCUACUCUGCCACAGCCACGACAUACUACGGCUCAACGAACAUCGGCAUGUACUGGGGCGGCAGCACGAGCGAGAAAGCCGCCAACGUAUUCCUCUACCUCGCCGUCCCCGCGCUCGACCUCUUCCACACCCUCGCCCAGAUGGCCGCCUACCUCUCCACCCGCACCCGCACCCGCACCCGCACACCAUCGACAUCAUCGACAUCAUCAUCGUCGCACCAUCGCAACCCCCCCGCCGGCCAGCUCCCCGCCCUCUCCUUCCUCCACCCCGCCGCCGCCCUCUCCGGCGCCCUCGUGUUCGUCUGCCUGUGGGCGUACCAGGUCUCCAUCGCCGCCGCCAUGGACCUCGGCGGCGGGUGGGAGCAGCCGCAGGGCGACGGCGCGUGGCGCGGGCUGGCGGUGGCGCGGUGCGCCGUGGGCGUCGCCGCGUGGGUGCUGUGGGCGGCGUAUGCGGGGUGCAGCGCGGCGGCGGUGCAUUGUUGGAGGAGGGAGGAGAAGAGGGAGAAGAAGGAGAGGAAGAAGGAGAAGAGGAAGGAAGAAGAGGAGGAGGGUGUGGAUCGGUUGCGGGGGUUGGGUGACAACAACAACAAACCUGCUGCUGCGGGCAUGGGGACGUCGAAGCUGUUUGGGGAUUCAAUGGUGGAUGUGGGGCUAGACGACGACGACGAUGACGACGACGGUGAUUGUGCGAAGAAGGUCUGA